AUGAAGUUAUUCGCUUUAAAUCAACGUGGUUACAAUAGUCAAAGGAUCUAUGAAGCAUAUAAAUUAGUUGAAAAGACAAUAAUGUUUUUAACAACAGAUUGCAGUAAUUUAGAUUCUUUCACUAUUUCACUCACAAUACCAAAGAAUGUUAGAGAUUUAGUAUCGCUAUAUCAUAUGAAUAAUAUAGAUACCUUGCAUCCGAUUCUUGAUCAUUUAGGAUAUAUAAAUCGAAGUGGUACGUGGGUUGGAAUUACAGGACAAGUUGCAAAACAAGAAGCGGAUGUGGCUUUCGUUCCAAUAGGAAUUACUUACGAUCGCUUUUCUGCCAUGCACUUUACGCCUGCAUUUUCAUUUUAUCAAAUAACUUUUUUCAUAAAAGGUCCAGGAAAAUUUUCUGAUUGGAAUGCUAUUACAAAGCCUUUUUCCAUGGAAAUAUGGAUCGCUCUGUUUACAAGUGCAUUUAUUUUUGGACUGUUCCUGCAUUUAAUUCUUCAGAAAGAUUUUAUCAGUGCGAAAAAUAGAGAAUGCUGGACACUUCGUCAGAUUUUUUGGAACCUAUUUUCCACGUGUUGUGGUCAAGGAUUAGGUAUAGAAAAGUUGAAAGGUCUGGCAUCCAGAAUAAUGAUAGGAAUUUGGUGGUUAUCGAUUGUUGUCCUGAUAACCGGUUACAGCGGAGCGUUAAUGUCUUUUAUGACGUGUCCUUUAACUGAGUCCUAUCCAAGAGAUUUUGAAGAACUCGCUAACUUCGUUCGCAACGGUAAAUAUUCAUGCGGAACCUUUGAAGGACUUGCUUCUUGGAAAUAUAUGUUAGAAUCUGAGUCAGAAAAUACCAAAAUUUUAAAGGAACACAUUUUGUCCAAUAAUAACUUGAUGACUGUUCCACAAGCAAUGAAUAAAAUGCAGAAUGAACGAUUUGCAUUUAUAAUGUCUACUUAUGUGUUAAAUCAGUUUAUCAGUAAAGUAGAAAGGCAUAAAUAUAUAAUAUCCACAGAUUCUUUACAUACAUACAUAAUCGCUUAUCCAAUCCGUAAAGGUUUUCCAUUCAAGAACGAUAUAAGCAAGACAGUCAUUCGCUUGUUUGAAGCAGGAAUUGCUGAAAAAUUGUUACCAUUACAAGUUGAAGAAUUUCAAGAGCCGUCUGAAUUCCAACCAUUAUCAGUCGAAGAUAUUAAAAGUCCUUUGUUACUUAUGGUAAUUGGAUAUCUGUUGUGCAUUGUCGGUUUAACAAUGGAAAUAAUAUACGAUAAAGUGACUAAAACUCUGACUCACGAUAACCUUCAUUAA